AUGAUGGCGGUGCGUGAACGCGCAGUAAAAGUAAUGGCUGCUCUGGAACGGCGGGUGCCUAGUCUCGAUGAUUUCGUGGGCGAAAGCUGGAGCGCCUGGGCCGAGAGAGCCAGUGUGACUGCGUCGGAAGGCUCCGAUGGAGAUGACUGCAGCAAGAAUGGGAAGAAAGCUGCCGAGGCAAUGUCUCUUAGGAAGGAAGACAUGUCCAUCUUCGGCCACUGCCCGGGCCAAGAUGACUUCUACUUGGUGGUGUGUAGCCACUGUGGCCAGGUGGUCAAGCCCCAGGCCUUUGAGAAGCAUUGUGAGAGGAGACACGGCCCUCUGAGCAAACUGUACACCCCCCUCCGCUCCACCCCUCCAGCACCCCAGCAGCGCCCCCGCCAUAGCCACUCCCCAUCCUCUGCCCACGCAACCUCAUCCUGGGAAGGGAGGAGGCAAGGGACUGGGGCCCCAAGAGCAGCCCCCCCAUCCCCAUCCACACCCCCACAGUUCAGACACACCAAGCCCCCCAAGGAAGGAGUACGCCACUCCCACCUGGAUAAGAGCCCCCACAGCGGCUAUUCUGAAUCAGCUGUGUUCAAGCAGCCUCCACCCCUGGAGCCUCCCCUAAGCUCCCCACCUCCCUCACUCAGAGACCAACCCUGGCCCCAUGGAGGCACCCCGCCCGGCCGGCCCUCCACCACCCCGCCCGGCCGUGAGAGGACACACACUCAGAGGAAGGAGGCCAUAACGGUCCCUACCCUCCCUGGCCAUCUCCGUGGACCAAGACCUUACAACAAAGUGGCCUCCAGGAGAGAGUGUGAUCUUGACAAGCACUGCGGAGUACUGGACUCCGAGAGGAAGAAAGUCUGCACUCGUCUCCUAACUUGCAAUAUUCACUCUAUUCACCAGCGGAGGAAGGUUUCUGGUCGGAGUAAAAACUUUGACCAGCUGGUGACCGAGCUGAAGACGGGUGUCCGGAUCCGUGAGCGGGGCGCUCAGACCCAGGAGGGGAGUGGCUCGUGCCGGUCCCCCAGCCCAGAGGCCCAGAGGGACCCCCUCGCACCCCCACACUGCAGGAGGCCCCUCACCAACAACCCUGCCUUCAGUCGGUCCAGGGCUUCUUCGGAGAGUGCUCCAGAGGAGGAAAAACCUUGUCAAGAGGAGGGUAGCACCCAAGCCCCAUCACCCCUCACCCAUGGGCGCAUUUCCAGCGAUGAGAGCGAGGGAGAGGGGCCUGAGGAACCAAUCGAAUACCCCUCAUCCUCUUGGCACCCUAAACCAGCUGCGGGGUGUUCGUUUGGCAGUUAUGUGAUGGGUCAUGGUGUGUACACCUUUGACCGGAGGCUCCACCACCUUCGGUCGGCGCUCAAUGCCAUGGUGGAGCAGCACAUCAGCGCACACCUCUGGAAGAAAAUACCUCGAGCAUCAGACCUCCAGUCCCAAAGUCCCUCUGUGAAGAGCAUUUCCUCACCCUCCUCAUCCUUCUCUUCCUCUCUACAUUCUAAAGUCAGGACAGGAAGCCACAGAACCACCCCAUCCCUCAGGCCUUCCUCCCAUGGACCAGGGAGGGAGACACGCCUACAAAUCGCCUCCCACUCCACAGCCAUUAACCAAUCAGAGAAUUCCAGUGGCAGUGGCAGCCAUAUUGUAGCCCCUGCGCCCCAUCCUGUCCGCCAGGCAGGUCCAGGGCGACCGCUGGGUCCCGGAAGGCCCAAGAACCCGGUGGGGCGACCCAGCAAGCAGCAACUGAGACUCAGAGAGGAGGAGGCGGCAGCAGCAGCACUCCGUAAACGUGAAGCCCCAUCACAGGAGGGUGAGCACUCCGGCCCAGACAGGAACUCUAUCAUCCUACAGGACCGGAGACGGCCCCCAACCAGUUCCUCUAAGACCACCCCGCCCACCCCUCACAGCCAGACCAAUGGCACCCUCUCCCCCAGCAGCAAACCCCGCCCCCAGUCAUCCCCCUCGGAGCCCCAUUCACCAGCAUCUGCCUGGUUGUUUAAACGGACACACCCACCCUCUGGACACACUUCCUCCCCACCCGAUCCUCACUUCUGCAGGGGGGACUCAGGACUGCACGGGAGGGGGGCGACGGGGUACGACCACAGGGGUCUGGGGAAGAAACGCAAGGGGGGCAGCAGUGAACCCUCUCCCCCCUCCAAACCGCACCGUCUGCCCUCCUCCCCUCACUCCAAUUUCUACCCCUGGAAGGACAGUAAGGGGGGAACACUGCCUGGUGGGGUGGAGAAGAAAAUGGGCACACAGAAGCCAAAACUGCACCAUUAAGAGUGCCUGCCUUACAAGCUACUGAGGGGUUAGCCCUGCCUGUGCUGUCAGACAUCAUGCCUCAGACUGUGGCUACAGGACUCAAGAGAUGUGUGAGUGACUUGAUAUUCAAGCCAAUGUUUGUGUGUGUAUGUCUUUUGACUCCUAUAUGAGUGUACAGGUAGGUGUGUGUGUGUGUGUGUGUGUGUGUGUGUGUGUGUGUGUGAGCGAGCGAGCGUGCUUAUGACCAAUAAAGUAUGAGUUAUGUGUUCAGUUCCUGAGUCGGUGUGUGAGUUUGCUGCUGUUGGUGAGUGUAUGCAGGACAAAGGUGACAUGUGAAUUUCUGUGUAUGAAUUUAGAAAUACCUCAAGACCUUCUGGUUAUGCUGCUAAAUAAAUACGUUGGUUUAUAAAAAUUGAUUAAAAAUAUCCUUUACACUUGC